UUUUCGUAAAUCGUAUCGUAUCAGACAGACACAAUUUUAGAAUAAAAUAUUGUCAACUCGGCUCGGUUGCGGCUGAGUCUGAUAUUUUAUUUAUUUAAUUUCAUCUGCAAAAAUCUAUUUAUAAGUGAUCAUAACAAAAUAUAAGUCAGUAUUAAGUUGCAAAGCCUAUAUAAAACGUAUUAAGCAUUUCUUAUAGCAAUCAUGUGCAGUUUUAAAUUGAUUUAAUUAAUGUAAAUAAUAAAACAAUAAGAGGUCGGUGCAAAGUGAUUUCUCCGCCCACUGCGACCAUUAUGCGAUUAGGGAGUCGGGAAUCAAGUGUAGAGUGGAUGCAGCGGGAUAUCUGAAAAUGUCUGGAGACGGCGAACGGGCGUCGCGCCCGAACUCGCUGGUACUGGAGGCGCCGUCGCCGGAGCGCGAGCCGCUGCACUUCGACGUGCAGCUGGUCGGCGCUCCGCCUGAAGUCGAGCAGCUUGUCAACAACAUCAAGCAAGUCGCCGAAGAUUUCCUCUAUCACUGGAAAACUUUCCCCAUUGUGCUUCCACCAUCUCGAUUUACGGGUCCGGGUAAUCGGCCGUCGGACAUAAUAAUAGCGCCCCCGUGCGACGAGAUCGACGCGGCCGCUUUAGAUGCGGGCAUCGAACCUCAGCCGCUGACUCCGAAGCAACUUCACUCCAUUAGAGAGAAGGGAGAGUUCGAGGUUCCGUCUCGCCACUUCCCGGGACAGACGCACGUGUGGCGCGUGGCGAGCUGGUUGCAGCGCGGGCGGGCGCGCGCGCGCGAGGACUUCUACCGGCACGUGGCGCGCGCGCUCGCGCUCAUCGUCGUAGUGGCCCGCGACCGACUGCUCCGAGACAAGCCGUUCUCUGUCAUCGCCGGCACCAAGUCUUUCCUCCAAGGCUUACACAGACUCCUAGACUUUGCUAUUGGCAUGCCAUCGCUCGAAGCUCGAGACUUAGACAAGAAGAUAAGAGAAGAAAGGUCGCGGUACUUAGUAGCAGAACUGAUAUGUAAGCCGGAGCAGCAACAAGACAUCGCGGCGCUGGCGGCGUGGGUGACGCGCGCCAUGCGCCGCGCCGCGUGCGAGAAGAGCGACGGGCGCUCGCUGCCGCGCGGCGCGCCCGCCGUGCCGUGCGUGUACAGCACGCCGCAGCGCACGCACGUGGACCUGCGCCUGUACCGCCGCGACCUGCUGCGCCGCGCCGCCGCGCCGCUGCAGGCGCUGCUGGAGCGCGAGGCGCGCGGCUGGUUCCUGCACUUCCGCGAGCGCCGCGCCGCGCACCUCGCCAGCCAGAAGAUGCCCAUGAAGGACAUCGAGGAGGAGGUGAGCGAGGCGGCCAUGCGCGAGUACGUGUCCCGCGUGUGCACCGCGGUCAUGGCGAGCGAGGCGCUGGCCGCGCUGGGGCCCGACGUGCCGGCGCUGCUGGCCGCGCAGCUCAGGGCCUCCGCCAUCGUCGCCAGAGCCGAGGAAGACGUUCGGAGAAAGUUGGAAGCCGGGCUGGCGACCGCGGAAGCGCGCCUGCGCGCGUCGCACCCCAUCCUGUCCCGGGCGGACGCGUGGCGCAAGGAGAAGCUGGCGGCGGCGGCGGCGCGGCUGAAGGACGAGCUGCGCUGGGCCAGCUCGGAGCAGGCGGCGGCGGCCAUGGCGGCGGCGCGCCUGGCGCAGCACCGCUACUUCCUGCUGCGCGACCUGGCCUUCCUGCGCGAGCGCCAGCCGCUGCUGGCGGCCGAGCUGCGCGCGGCGGUGGGCGCGACGCGCACGUUCCGCUGGGCGCGGCGCACGUGGCGGCCGGCGCGCUGGCGCGUGGAGCGCCACUUCCGCGGGCGCCGCGAGCGCGUGCCCACGGUGCUGUGCACGCGCGCCACGUCCAUCGUGACGCCGCGCUCCGACCCGUCGCAGCCCGUGUUCCUGCUGGCGCGCGACACCACGGCCUGCAGCAGCACGCGCUGGCCCGGCUGGCGCCUGCACAACCUGGCCAUGCGCGCCUUCUGCUGGACCUGGAACGUCAUGUUCGUGCUGGCCGUGCUCAUCCCUUGGAGCUCGCCGAUCUCGCUGCGCACGCUGCUCUGCGUCAAGCCCUUCGUGCCCGACUACGAGCUCUCCCAGGUGAACGGCACGCUGUUCCCGAAGCGCAGCAGUGAGACACAGACGAUGUGGUCGCGGCUACUGAACCUGUGGCGUUACGUCUCCAAGGAGAGAACGAGGUUCGACACCGAGCCGGACUCUGGGUUGCUGGGCGCGGGCCCGCGGCGCCUGGCGCACCGCGCGUGGACGUACGGCGUGCUGGGCGGCGGCGGCUCGCUGCUGCUGCUGCUGGCGCUGCCCGUGCUGGUGCUGGCCACGGCGCUGGCCGCCGCGCUGCUGGCGCUGCUGGCGCCGCUCUGGGUGCCGCCGCUGGCGCUGGCCGUGCACGUGGCCAACGCGCUCGUGUACGACAUCGACUGCCCCGACCCCGAGCGCCUCAACCGCUGGGCGGGCGUGCUGCAGGCGGCGGCGUGGCGCUGCGGCGCGUGCGGCGCGCUGCAGGCCGGCGCCGCGCUGCUGGCCGCCGCCGCCUGCGUGCCGGGCGCCGCGCUGGCGCUGCUGGCGGCGGCGGCGGCCGCGGCGCUGCGCGGCGCCUGGGAGGCGGCGGCGUGGCGCGGGCUGCUGGCGCGGGGCGCGCGCGUGCCGCUGCACGACUCGGCCUACUGCCGCCGCGUGGCCGGCCCGGGGCUGAGCGCGCCGCCGCCCUACCAGGCGUCGCCGGGCCAGGCGCUGGCCGCCGUGUGCGCGCGCGCCGAGCUGGACGUGCUGGCGGAGCGCGUGGCCGACCUCGAGCGCGCCAUCGAGCGCCCGCUGCGGGACUACGAGCACUUCGUGCACGCUUGCUUCGGGCCCUUCUCCGUGCAGAUCGCUAAGACGGGGGCCUACCGGCAGCUGGAGAAGGAGUGCGCGGCGCUGGCGGCCACGCUGCACGAGGCGGCGGCGGCGCGGCGCCGGGACCUGGCCACGGGCCUGUCGGACGCGGCGCGCGCGCGCGUGCGCCUCACCGCGCACGACCUCAGGUGCGCGCUGGCGGCCAGUGCGCAGGAGUUGGCGCGCAUGUACGGCGCGCGCGGCGACGACUGGUGGGCCGCGCGGGGCCUGGACCGGGACGACUGGCACGCGCUCGCCGCCAACACGCUCGUCGAGGCCUUCGACUCGGAGGUGGUGGUGGCGCUGGAGGCGGGCGCGGCGCGCCUGCAGCUGGAGCGGGGCGAGGCGGAGCGGGCGUGGGGGGCGCGCUGCGGGGGCGCGGGCGCGGCGGCGCCGCCCGACGUGGUGGGCGCGUGGCGCGACUGGUGCGGGGCGUGGCUGCCGCGGGUGCGCGCGCCGGUCCUGGAGGUGUCGGCCUUCAGUCCGCGGGCCACGCCCCACCCGCCGCUGCCGCCGCCCGCCGCCGUGGCGCUAGUGCUGCACAACCGGGAGUCCGACAACCCGGUUCCUCUGGACUCGGAGCUGUGCGCUGAGAUCUUAAGAAGUCUAGAAGAUGCGCCCGAUUGUGAUGAUAAAAGAGGAAAUGAUACAGAGGAAGUGGAGCGCUACCGCGGCGGCGGCAGCUCGUCGUGCUCCAGCUCGGGCUCCCCCUCCCCCGCCCCGCCCUCGCCCCUGCCGCGGGGGGGCGACUCCUCACUGACAUUAUACACUACAGGAUGGGCGAUACAUUGA